UCAGUCUUCUCUGGCCUUGCCCAGUCAACGGUAGUUGUUUCUUCGCUUCUUCUUCGCGUAUCCACGCCAGCUGAGCGUCACUCUGUGUUUGUGUGUGUGAGCGAGAGGGAUCGAUUAUUGCAAAUAAAAAUACAAAUACGAAGAGCGAUUGAACCAUGUCGUGGCUGGUGCUUCUGCUGAUCCUCUACGUGAUCUGGGAUGUGAACUACUUCAUCCGCUGCGUGUUCACCGUAUUCGCCGGCCGGCUGUUCCAGCGCAAGCGCAAGGUGACGGAGAGCACCUCCAUCUACGGGCUGUGCACCUCCCAGGAUGUGGACAUCUUCAUACGGCACAUGAACAAUGCGCGCUACCUGCGCGAACUCGACUUUGCCCGCUUCCACUUCUACGCCCUCACGGGUCUGUACGAGCGCAUACGGCAGAGGCGUGGCGGCGCCGUGCAGGGUGCCAGCAGCGUGCGCUACCGCCGCACCAUACCCAUCUUCCAUCCGUACAAGAUCCAGACGAAGCUCGUCUGGUGGGACGACAAGGCCAUCUACCUAGAGCAGCAGUUCGUGACGCUGUCCGACGGCUUUGUGCGUGCCGUCGCCCUCUCCAAGCAGUGCAUCACCAACUGCAACGUCGAGGAGCUGCUCAAAACCUACCCGGAGGCGGCCAAGCGACCGGAGAUGCCCGCCGAUCUCAAGCUCUGGCUGGAUGCCAUCGAGCUCUCCAGCCAGAAGCUGCGCAAAGACAAGUGAGACAGAUCACUGCUCGAUGGCCCCAUUUACAUAAU